AUGGUUUGGUCAAUAUCCUCGUUGCUUGGGUUUUUGACGGGGAGUAGCGUAGUUAGCGCUUCCUACGCGCCCACAUCUGUGACAUGCCCUUCAGGGGUAUCACUUGUUAGACCUGCAGAUGGUCUUUCAGACAAUGAGGAAUCCUAUAGAGUAUCGAGAAAAGCUAUUGCGGAUGUCGCUUUGAAAACGUGGCUGGAAAAAACGAACUCAGGAUUUGGUACCGCUGAUUUGCCAACGAUUGCACUUACCCACAGUGGUGGGGGCUACCGAUCUCUCUUGUCGAGCGCCGGUGUAGUUCAAGGUCUUGAUGCACGGGACAGUGAUGUUUCUACUAGCGGUCUCUACCAAGCUAUCACAUAUCAAGCAGGUCUUUCAGGUGGAUCAUGGUUUCUUUCAUCUCUUGCCGGAAACAACUAUCCAACAGUCUCGUGGUUGCGAGAUAAUCUCUGGGAAACGGCGUUCCAAGAAUCACUCUUCGACCCUGAUGGAUUACUAUUCGUAGUAGCGUACGCCAAAAUUGUCGGAGAACUUCUUGAAAAAGAUGCAGCAGGCUUCCACACUACUCUCACUGAUCCAUGGGGAAGACUUUUGAGCUAUCAAUUGCUCGCAAAUGAUGGUGAAUCAACCACUUUCUCAUCGGUCGCCACACUUUCCAAUUUUACCUCACAUGCAGUCCCAUUUCCAAUCAUUACCAGUAGGGGAGUGAAGACAUGGCUAGGCCAAUGCGAGCCCGGUCCUAAUGCUACAAUGUAUGAGUUCUCUCCAUAUGAAUUUGGUUCCUGGGAUGCCGACGUGUCUGCUUUCACGCCAACUGAAUAUCUUGGCACUACUCUGAAAAAUGGUGUGCCAACUGGGACAUGUACCACGAAUUACGAUAACUUGGGCUAUAUCCUAGGAACCUCAAGUAGUCUGUUCAACGAGGCGUGUCUCAGCGUUCCAGCACCUGUCAAUGGUUCUUCAAACGCAUUUGAAGGUAUCUCUGCAUUUCUUGACGGCGUGCAUGAGGUAACCACCGAAGAUUUAUAUGCUAUCUAUAAAAAUCCCUUCUACGGAUACGACUCAUCCACGGGCGUGGUUAACUCUGCAAACAAUGUUCCGGCCCAGGACACAUUAAGUUUGGUCGAUGGUGGAGAAGCCUUGCAAAACAACCCCAUCUUCCCGUUCCUGCAGCCAGACAGAAACAUAUCUGCCAUUAUUGUGAAUGAUAACAGUGCAGACGAUGUAACCAACUGGCCCAACGGAUCCGAAAUUCUUACCACGUACGUACAAUCUCUGUCAGCCGGUCUCACGCGCAUGCCAGUCAUUCCUUCCGUCGAGACUUUUGUCGCCGAGGGCUACAAUAAGCGAGCCACAUUUUUUGGCUGUGGCGAUACAAGCAAAAUAACAAUCGUCUACCUCCCAAAUGCACCAUACACAUUCGCUAGCAAUGUCUCGACUUCCCAAUUGAUUUAUCCAGCAGCCACUUCCGCGGGAGUCAUUGCAAAUGGUGUGGAAGUUGCAACUCAGGGCAAUGAUGCCGAAUGGCCUACUUGCUUAGGUUGUGCGUUUAUGGAGAAGACUGGCCAAGCCCUUCCAAGCGAUUGUACAGCUUGUUUCACAAAGUAUUGUUAUUACAGUUGA